GCCGGGGCGCGGCGGCUCGGCGGCAGCGGCAUGGCCGGCUGAGGCGGGCGGGAGCCGCCGCCCGGCCGCGCUGCCGUCCCGGUGCUCUGGGUGGGUGAAGGAACGUCUGGAUGAAUGAAUGAAUGGCGGGAUGAGGCGCCGGUCGAGCACCGCGCCCGGGCUCGCCCUUCUUUGCCUCGCCGCCCUCCUGGCCGCCGCCGCCGCCGCCACCGCCGCGCUGCCCUCCGCUACCUCCGAGCCCGGCAGCGGUAGCGGCGGCCCCGCCGACAGCAGCCCCGCUCCGCCCCGCCGACAGCCCGCCGUGCCCGCCAGCGCCCCGCCGGCCGCCGAGGAGGAAGAGGAGGAGGAGGGCGAGGAGGAGGAGGAGGAGGCGACGGGCGGCCCCGCAGGAGACCUGUGCAACUGCAGCGCCGUGGGGAGUGUCAGCGCAGCCGAAUGCAAUGCCACGACGGGGCAGUGUCCCUGCCUCGAAGGCUACACAGGGCUGCGGUGUGAGAGCUGUGCUGAGGGGUUCUACCUGGAGCAGAGGAGCCAGCGGUGCCAUCCCUGUGGCUGCAGCCCCACCGGCUCCAGCAGCACCCACUGUGAUGACUCUGGGCAAUGCCAGUGUAAAGUUGGUGUCAUGGGCCUGAAGUGUGACCGGUGUCAUGAUGGAUACUACCAGUUUAACGAAACCACCUGUGAGCCAUGCCAGUGCAACAACCACUCCAACACCUGCAACAGCUUAACAGGCAUCUGCCAGGACUGCCAAGAAAACACCAAGGGAAACCACUGCGAGCUCUGCAAGGAGGGCUUCUACAGAAGUGCCCACCCUGCCCACGCCUGUCAUCGCUGCCCAUGCUCCACCGUGGCAUCGACUGGCACCUGCCGAAUACAGCUUGGUGAAACUGCUCCAACAUGUGACAAAUGCAAAACUGGCUACACCGGCCCGAACUGCAACCGGUGUGACAACGGCUACUACAACUCUGACAGCAUCUGCAUAAGAUGUGAAUGCAAUGGGAAUGUGGACCCAGCACAGUCACCCAGCGUGUGCAAGCCGGAUAGCGGGGAGUGCAUCGGUUGCUUGUACCACACUGCUGGGUUUCAUUGCGAGGAGUGCGAGGAUGGCUACGUCCAAGACCCUGAGGGGACCAACUGCACCAGGAUAGAAACCACUCCUGGCCCAGAGACAAGGGAGUUUACAACUUCUGCUCCAAAUGCCAGCAAGGCAACAUCAUUUUCGACUGCAGUGAUAAACAGUACGUUGACACCAACAACUAUACAGACUAUAUUUCCUAUGAGUUCCUCUGACAACAGCACCUCUGCUUUUGCAGAUGUUUCGUGGACUCAGUUUAACAUAAUUAUUUUGACAGUUAUCAUCAUUGUUGUGGUCCUACUAAUGGGCUUUGUGGGUGCUGUCUACAUGUACCGUGAGUAUCAAAACAGAAAACUUAACGCUCCUUUUUGGACCAUUGAACUCAAAGAGGACAACAUCAGUUUUAGCAGCUACCAUGACAGUAUCCCCAACGCUGAUGUUUCGGGGCUGUUGGAAGACGAUGGGAAUGAAGUCGCACCGAAUGGACAGCUAACGCUGACUACUCCCAUGCAUAAUUAUAAAGCUUAGAAGAAGCGAUCCAGCUGUUCCAGAGUUGGCUUAAAGAAAGUUACAGGGCUUGUGGAAGGGGUAUCAGGAUCCGUGCCAAGGCUCCUCGCAGAGGAAUUUGCUCUUCAGAUACUCGUAGGCUGGCCAUGCUGUAGCUUGCAGGUGAACAGAAAAAAAGUGUAGUACAUCCGAAUUUCAGGUAAUAUGGUGGAAUGCAUUCAGUGUCCUGUUCUCCAUAAAGAUCCAUAGAAUUCACUGUUGUUAGAGACUGGAUUGUGCUGAUCUUAAAAUAUUUUUGUUUUAGUGAUGGGGUGGAGAAAGCAGCCCCCAACAAUUAAUCAGGAGCUACUUGAUUUCCAGCAUUCUUGUAUCUGCAUCCUUUAGUUUGAAAAGUAGCUCAUGAAUUAACAGUGGAUUUUCAGGAAGCAGGCCUUUGAAAAGGCUUCAUAUUAGUUCCUGGUAUAAUUCAUUUGAAAAGGAGGACGAUAAAAGGGAAAUAAUUGUUCACUGUACUACCAAGAAGCAAGUAGAGGAGUGAGUUGCACACUUGAAACAAGUCACCAUUAUCGGUUUCCACUAAGCAGGGAAACAGGAAAAAAAAUAAUGAUGAUAUUCGAGCUAGGGAGGAGACUAAGCUUUUCCCUUUCUGAGUAUUUAUACAGGGUGAUGAUGCUAUUAAAUCAUAGCAAUCCGUUGUUGUUUUUUUUUUUUUUCUAGAAGGAGUUAAUGAACUUGUAUAGUUUCUGUGCAAGGGAAGACGACAAGACAUCUCAGGGUUGCCAUGUAAAAUUAAAAGCUAGGCUUAAUACCCUACCCUGAUAGAAAUGGUGUGUUCUGUAUAUAAAAUGUAAUAUAUCUUCUUGGAAUUGUAUUUGUAAUUAUUUGUAAAAAAAGACAACCAACCAAGCAAAAAAACUCCCAACAACAAAACCAUGAGUCCCUCCCCGACCUCCCCUGUUGCCCAGGUAAUUUUAUCAUCUAGAUUUUAAUUGUACAGCGGUUAGUGAUGUUGUUUAAAAAGGAAAAAAAAAAAAAAGCACGAGAAUUGUCAAAAAUACUGUAAAUUGGAUGGCAAUAUUGUUGGAGCUGGGACUCUGGCAAACACCGACUGCUUAAAGCUUUUCUUCUAGUGUCAUUGAUAACUUUCUUUUUUAGAGAAAAUGUGAGUGCUCCCUACUUGCAUCUGUUAAAUUUUCCUAUUCCUUUAAAUGUAGAGUGAAUACCAGUGUUGCCAUGACUAGGGCCUAGUAGGUGUCCAAAAAUCGGAUGUACCAUUCUGUUACUUGCUUUUAAGUCUUUAUACAAAAUGCAAAUACACUGUCAUGAAUGCAUUCAGAGCCUGAUCUCGAUGGCUGAGCUGCCCAAGUGCUGCUCAUCAUGUGAGCAGAUCUCAUGGCCAUCUCUCCGGUGCUGACAGAGUGACAAAGGACGUGCUGGAUGUGCUGGAUGGCUGAGCGCUGCCUCACGGCCUCAUAAGGGCAAAAAUCUCUUGGAUUUGGGUGGAAACGGCUUUCAGUCAAAGAGCUGGCAGGAAUGGAUCUGUGCUUCUAGGCUUAAAAGCUAAAAGUGCAUGGAUGCUUUCAGGAAAUUCAUGUAGCACAAAAUGGUGGUUGGUGGGGAAUCAGCUGUCGAAAAAACUACAGAGGACCUUAGGUUUUAGAUUCCCCUGAUUUUUGUGGGAGGCUGGUGGACUGUUAGCAGAGGAAGAACAGCCAACGGGCAGCACAGCACAGGGAGCUGUGCCGGGGAGCUGCCAGGUCUGAUCCAUGAAAAUCAAUACCAUCGCGUUUAAGCAGGGCGUGAAACAAAUAUUUCACUGAACUCAUGACCAACCUCAGAACUAAAGCUGCAUUGCUGUGCUUGUUGGUGCUUUGCAAGCAACUGAUGCUGAGGAUAAAUGAAGUACCUGCUAAAGGUCAGCAGGAGCGGAUGGAUGCAUCCUCAGAGCCAGGCAAAGUAAAUGUUUCUCAAGAUGAGAAAUAGUAGGAAGAAUGUGGUGAUUAUUUAUUUGCUUUCUGGUGCUGCAUGGAGGCUUUUCUUUUCAUUGGAGAUUUUUUUGGGGGGGAGGAAGGGAAGAAUAGGUGCUCUAAAUACAGCCACAAAGAUGCCAUUUCUGCCUCAAAAACUUGCUGCUUGAUUUAAAGAUGAGGCAUGACAAGUAAGAAGGAAAAUAUUUGAGGAUAACAAAGGGAAACGGUGAAGGCAGAAUGUGAUAUUGCGGGUAGGGCUGAGCCAAUGGAAAUGCUCCUGUUGCCUGCUGUGGGCCUGGCUGAGGUCUUGUAGUUCAGGUAAUAAAUCUGGCUGAUGUGAUUCAGAGCAGUGUUACAUUUAGUUGUAAAAUGGGGGAGGACUGAAGGAGGAAUCUGGAUAUUGCUAAUCCUUGAGUUACUCAUCCAGCUUUUUAAGAGCAGAGUGGUAAAAAAAUAGAAAGUUUCCUAAAAGUUGUAAUUAUUGAGCAGUGCUGAUGUAGCGAUGCACAUGGUCACUUGAUAGGGUGGGGAAAGGCAGUUGAGGAAGUGUUAGCUUCUGCAGUGAAUGCUAGCGGGUAAAGUGAUGGACAGAUUGUUCACUUCAAUGUUUCCAAAAUAUUUUAGUAGCUCUUUUAAUUUUUGCCACAAAACACCUCUUCCUCAAGUUUUGAUGUGACUGUAGGCUGCUUUGUAACAGGGACAGGCUUUGAUUUUUCUCUCACUGUAGAAGUAAUGACCAUCUGCAAAACCAGAGUGUGAGGUCAGGUGCUGAGUCCUUCUAGCCCAUGCCUGCCACAGCACAGGAGGUGUUUGCAUCUGGGCUGCUUCUGACCUCCAAAUUACACAAAAUGCUUUGGUUUUGAGCCUUGGGCUUCAAUAGAAGAGGAGGGCAGGAUGCCCUACAGUCAGUCUGCAAGGGAGGGUGGUACAGCUGUGCUGUUGUCCGUGGGUUGCACAUCUGGAUGAAGGGAUCUAGAUGGCUGACGCAGAUGUGAUGAGAAUGUUGGCUGGGCAGGGGGAACCUGGAUGCCCAGGUUUGAACAGCAGAGGAAAGCACAGGAUGUUCUUUAGAAGGGACUGGAGCACAGCAAGGAUGUGGCACUGGGACAGUGCUCGUCAGAUGGUAAAAUGACUCAUCUGGAAAAUUCCAGCCAACCGGCCUCUUGGCACAGAGGAACGUUUUAUAAAAGAAGAUCAAUGCCUCAGUAAGGAAAGAAUAAACAGCUUCAUGUUUGACUUCAGUAGAGAUUAGCUCUUCCUUGCUCUCUCCAUCUAUCGUGGAGCUCUCCCCUGGGCACUGCAGGAGGCAAGGGAGAAGCUGAGUUAGUUCUGUCUCCAGGCAUUGUAUUUUGAAGGGGUGCAGAGGUAAAACACCUGUGCCAGGGUACUAAGGGCCACCAGGACCACUGACCUGCAGUGUGUUUUAACUUGUCAUGAAGCUAAACAGAUGCUGAGGUUUGCCCUAUGCCGUGUUGGGGUAUGGGCAGGGAAACCAGAAAUGGACUUAACAGGGCUACACUGAGGCCGAACUCUGAAGCUGUCAAGACAAGCAAAAGGCAUCUAGGUGACUUCUAGGGCUGAUGUGGCAAUACAGAAGACGUAGCUUUCCUGAAGGACCACCAUGCAUCACCUUCUAACUGGGCAUGCCGCUAUCUGGCUGUGGUGGUGGAGCUGUUGUGCAGAAAGGCAGUUGAUGGCACGGUACGGUAGCUGUAGAAUAUAGAGAAGGUACAACAAGGCAGGUGAGGGCUGGGUAAAGGUGGGAAACCAGCUCUCAAGGCAUGAUCCUCAGGGUUGUGAAGGCCCUGCGGAUCCAGUGGUCUGGAUGGGAUGAGUUCAGUUCCAGUCAAAUAAAUGAAGGCAAGAGGAUAUAGUGGAGCAGAUAAAGGGCAAAAAGCAAUGAUGUGUCAAAGACAUGAGGCAGCCUGGAUGGCUCAAAACUUAGGAGAGCAUUUGGUAAGCACAGAGUGCAAAAGACAAGCAAAAAUAUGAUUUGGUUGAUGUGGAUAGAUGAUCUUGAAUCUUACGAACCACUGUAGCUAGAAAUAACUGUGUGGAGAGCUAGCCCUGGGGAGCUGUCAGGAGAUGGCAUCCUUUGGAAUGAUAAUUCCCUUGGACCAGGCUGAGCAAACUUGGCACGCUAGAAACCAUUUUGUGAAAGAGGAGAGGAUGUAUUCAGCAUCCUUUAGGUAUCCUGAGCCAGUUAACCACUGCUAUACAGCAUCUUUAUCUCAAAUGUUACAUGCAAUAUAAAUGUGGCAGAAAGUUUGCACAGUCUCCUUUAAAUAAAGGAUAUAAGCUUGAAUCCUAAAAAUAUGUUUCUCUUCAAAGUGAAGUUUUAAAAUGAGCUCCCACAGGACUCUACUCUUCAUCUGUCAGAGGGAUCGAUUAAAAUAAGAAAAAUGUGGGCCUUAAGUUGUUCAUGCUCCCAACUGAAACCCAUCAGUCUUACUAGACAUCCAAAUAAGACGUCUCCUAAGCAUAGGCUAUGCUUACAAAUGCAUUUCUUAAAAAAAAAAAAAGUGUAUGAUUUGAAUAUAUGUCAGAAUUUAUACAGAAGAAUGUUAUUUAAAAUGAAUAAAAAUAAAUGUAUAUAAUUUGUA